AUGAAUUUGGAUGAAGUGGACAUCCCCGAGUUUUCACUGCGGGCCAUUGACGAAAUAUGGGAUCAGUGGAACCAGAGCAAUGACUUGUUCUCCGGUAUGAAUCUUCCAUCCAGUCACAAACAACGUCAAAAUGAUUCCAAGGCAACGACGGAAGUAAGGGCGGUAUAUGACGCGGAGUUCAAGUACUUGUACGAGGUGCCAUCUCAUUUGCUCGUGCACGUUCCUUCUGCACGACUUAACAUCACCCGGUUAGUCUUUUGCCGCAACUAUCGGUCUUUUGAAGCGGACUCAUGCAAAAUGGGUAACAACUGCAAGUUUGUGCACGCCGAUGUGGACGUCUCGACACUGGAGGCAUUCCCAAUUCACGUCAACUACAUUUGGCGGGAUGAGAAGCUGUGCACAUACAAACGUCUGCCUCCUGGAGAAUUUUUGGAAGUCCUCUCCAGUGACAUGUGCACUGUGGAGACAUUACCCAGUGAACGUAUUCUUUUGACGCGUGGGGCACUUGCACAUCAAGAUAUUGCAGAACCUCUGAUUCGAUGCAAGCAUUAUGAUGCGAACCAGACGUGUUUUACGGGAGAGCGCUGCAACUUUGUUCACGUCAUGUAUGUUGAUCCAAAUUGUCAGGGGUCUUUUAAGCGAGCGCCAAAGGCUAUUUUAGAGGCCAGGGGCAAUGCAACAAACGCAUCGACUAAAAUGGCGCACCAUAACACCACCACAAACCAAAAUAAUAGCAGAGGAAACAACAAAAACAAUAAUAACGGUAACUUCAGCAACCACAUGCCGGAAAAUCCCCAUGAUGUUCAGGCGAGCAAUUUAAACUGGGCACCCCAUGUGAAUUUUCCACCAUUUGAACAAAGUGGGUUAAAUUCGAUGGUAUUUUUGCAAAACCUUAACAAUGGCGCAUCUUUUGCUUCUGGAUCAGCGAUGCCAUGUCAAGAUGCCGGUAUAUCGACAGGUGUGCUUGGUAUGGGUUGCCUGAUGCCCUCCUUGGCCUCAAAUGGCCGACAAGCGACUCAACCUUCCUCACUCCAUUGCGAUAAAACAGAAGGUAGUCUGCAGGAACUUCUAAAAAUGCUGCAGGUUUCACAGCACCCCACUAGUUACGGUGCCCUUUCAACAAAUGCACAGUCAUUGAAUGGAACAGCAGGACCGCAACAAAUAUCUGAUGGAAAUAUCAACGCCGCCAACAACACGGGCUUGACCCAGGAACAGCUUAGUGGCGUUCUUUCUCCAGUUUUUUCGCUUCUCGCACAGCGGGUUUCAUCAUCGCAUACUUUUUCAGUUGGAUCUUCGCCGUUGCUUGAGGAGCCAAGUGCGGUUGGAACAUUGCUGUUUUUACCUCGUGGUGCUACUGAGGCUGUAGCAAUUCAGCCUGUUUACGAUGCUUCUUUUUUGGGGGCCAUCACAGCUUUGGGGUCGCAGCAGCAACGUUCCGCACAAGCUGUGGUGCAAAAAAGUCCAUCGUCAAUUUCACAGCCAACCACCACGUCGGGAGGGGGAACAUCUCAAAAUUUCCCAUUCCCUUUUGUUUCUCCUGGAAACGGUAACAUGAAUUCAGGUGGUCUUGUAACUUUAGGUAGCGGCAGAGGCAGCAACGGCGUAAUAGGAGGAGGAGGAGGAGGAGGGAGCGCAAACAAUAGCAUUAGUACUGCUGGGCCUACGGCGGAUUAUUACACGAGGGCCUUUGAGCAGUUGCAAGGCGCACUGAACGGGAAUUCUGCAUGGAUGCGUGGCGUGUAG